CGACAAUGUGCCUAUACACCACCGCGGAGUUCAACUUCGGAACUCCGACCACGGGAGCGGGGAUGACAGCAUAGGUGGGGACUCAUCCAUAUAAAUAUUCCCAUGGGCACCAGCAAUUGCCAUUCAACAUUACCUCACAAAGAACAUAAAGAAACAAUUUCAUCUUCAUUAACCCUCAAACCAGUAACCACAUACAUACAUACACCCAACCAACAAUGACAACCUACACAACCGACCACGCCCCCGCGGUCCUCCAAACCCACGGCUGGCGCACCCUCAGCAACUCCGUCCCCUACAUCCUCCCCUACCUCAAACCCAACAUGACCAUCCUCGACAUCGGCUGCGGCCCAGGGAGCAUCACAAUUGACUUCGCGCGACACGUACCCUCAGGCCACGUAACCGGCGUCGAAUACGUCCCAGACCCACUGGAGCAAGCACGCACGCUCGCCUCCUCGCAAGGCAUCACAAACAUCACCUUCCAAGUAGCAGACAUCCACGCCCUCCCGUUCCCCGACAACACCUUCGACCUGGUGCACGUGCAUCAAGUGCUCCAACACAUCGCGGACCCUGUGCUCGCGCUGCGCGAAAUGCGCCGCGUGGCUAAACCCAACGGGGGGAUUAUCGCGGCCCGCGAAUCCAGUGCGAUGACUUGGUAUCCUGAGAAUAAGGCGAUUGAGCUGUGGUUGGAUAUUACGACGAAGAUGGCGAGGGAGAGAGGUGGGAAUCCGCACCCUGGGUCGAGGAUUCAUGUGUGGGCGGAAGAGGCGGGGUUUGUGCAGGAGAGGAUUAAGAAGACGGCGGGGUCGUGGUGCUUUAGUAGUCCGGAGGAACGGAGGUAUUGGGGGGGUUCGAUGGCCGGGAGGGCGGCGAAUUCGGGGUUUGCGACGCAGGCGCUGGAGGGGGGGUAUGCGAGUAAGGAGCAGUUGGAGGCGGUUGUGAGGGGGUGGGAGGAGUUUGUCGAGUUAUGUGAUGAGGAGUUGGAGGGUUAA